GGGAACCAGAAAGGGAUGUGGGGCCGAGGACGGAUGGGAUCCCGGAGGAUGGACUGAGGAGUGGGAUACAGGGACAUGGAGAGGACCUCGCGAGAGCGCGGUGGGAUCCCAGUGGAGCCGGCCCGAGGACGAGAGGAGCAGCGGGAAGGCUGCAGCUGUGGGGCACUCCUGUGUGAGGGAAAGCUAGAGGAUGCUGCGGGGCCGAAAUGGGCCGAAAUCAGGCACCCCAAGGAAGACCCUAUUUUGGCCACAUGGUGUCCUCUCAGAAGACCCCCAGCACUUAGUGAGCACCCAGGGGCCCCGUGACAGGAAGAGAAUGGUGGAUAUGCUGGUGUUUUGACCUAUUUUCCGAGGGCUGCGGGCGGAGAUGAUGAGGCUAUUGGCAUUUGUGGUGUUGGCUCUAUUUGCUGUCACUCAAGCAGAGGAAGGAGCCAGGCUUUUGGCCUCCAAAUCACUGCUGAACAGAUACGCUGUGGAGGGGCGAGACCUGACCUUACAGUACAACAUCUACAAUGUUGGCUCAAGUGCUGCAUUAGAUGUGGAAUUAUCUGAUGAUUCCUUCCCUCCAGAAGACUUUGGCAUUGUCUCUGGAAUGCUCAAUGUGAAAUGGGACCGGAUUGCCCCUGCCAGCAACGUCUCCCACACUGUGGUCCUGCGCCCUCUCAAGGCUGGUUAUUUCAACUUCACCUCAGCAACAAUUACCUACCUGGCCCAGGAGGAUGGGCCUGUCGUGAUUGGCUCUACCAGUGCACCUGGACAGGGAGGAAUCCUGGCUCAGCGGGAGUUUGAUAGGCGAUUCUCCCCCCAUUUUCUGGACUGGGCAGCCUUCGGGGUCAUGACCCUUCCCUCCAUUGGCAUCCCUCUGCUAUUGUGGUACUCCAGCAAGAGGAAAUAUGACACUCCCAAAACGAAGAAGAACUGAGUAGGGUUUUCGUGGCCCUCCUCUCCCAAGAAAUCCAGGUGCUUUCCAGACUUCAAAGGGUAUCUUAAAUGCAAUCUCUUCUCCCUUAGCCCUCAGCCAGUUUCUGGAUCCUACCCUGCUCUCAAUCAGAGUGAAGGACCAGGAGGAGUCUAUGAGAGCCUCCUUGGUUACAUCAUGAAGCCAUACAAACAGGAAUGCCUUUGGCAACAGCUCUUGAGCCUAGAGGGCCCUCUGGUGCCCCACUGAGGUGCUGUUGGUAUAUUGCUGGCAAAUGUGAAUUCUCUUGGGUCCAGGAGGGGCGCUUUGGAGACUACCUGAUACCACCCCCAUCCCCUGCCCUCCCCUCUUAGAAGAGGGUAGAAGAUGAAAUGAAAGCUGUGGGACUCUCAGAGGCUACCCAGUCUCUGUUCUGGGUUAGGGAAGUGCUUACUAAAUGGGCUUUUCUAAUAAAAACAAAUGCCACACUGA